AAGAAGUACAAAGUGAUUAAUUGGUUUCCUUGUGGAAUCUGGGCAGUGGCAAUCCCAGCCCCACCUCACUGGUGGUUGGCAGAAAUAAAUGAAGCUGGAGCCUCGCCUUCCACUUGGCUUGCAGUCAGGAAAAGGAAGGAAAGCCAGCCAGCUUAGCCAGGACUGUAAACGGAGAUGGACCCCAAACGUACUCACUCUGUGAAACUGAAUGAUGGACACUUCAUGCCUGUGCUUGGAUUUGGCACUCUUGCUUCGGAAGGUGUUCCUAAGAGCAAGGCUGCUGAGGCAACCAAAGUGGCAAUCGAUGUAGGUUUCCGUCACAUUGACGCAGCAUACAUCUAUGAAAAUGAGGAGGAGGUCGGCAAGGCACUUCGAGAGAAGAUUGCGGAUGGCACUGUGAAGAGAGAGGACCUAUUCUACACCACCAAGCUUUGGUGUACUUUCUUUCGACCAGAAUUGGUUCGACCUGCCCUGGAGAGAUCACUGAAGAAACUUCAACUGGACUAUGUAGAUCUAUUCAUCAUUCAUGUGCCAGUAGCUAUGAAGCCUGGAGAGGAGCUUAUGCCUAAAGAUGCCAAUGGGAAAAUUAUUUUAGAGACAGUGGACCUGCGUGACACCUGGGAGGCUCUGGAGAAGUGUAAGGAUGCAGGUUUAACCAGGUCCAUUGGGGUGUCCAAUUUCAAUCACAAACUGCUGGAGAUGAUCCUGAACAAGCCAGGCCUCAAGUACAAGCCUGUCUGCAACCAGGUGGAAUGUCACCCGUAUCUCAACCAGAGCAAACUCUUGGAAUUCUGCAAGUCCAAGGACAUUGUUCUUGUUGCCUACAGUGCCCUGGGAUCCCAAAGAGACCCAAACUGGGUGGAAAAGGAUAGCCCUGCUCUCUUGGAGGAGCCGAUUUUGAAGGCCAUUGCCAAGAAACACAAUAGAAGUCCAGGGCAGGUGGCCCUGCGUUACCAAGUGCAGCGAGGAGUAGUGGUCCUGGCCAAGAGCUUCAAUGAGAAGAGAAUCAAAGAGAACUUCCAGGUUUUGGAGUUUGAAUUGACUCCAGAAGACGUGAAAGCAAUUGAUGGCCUGAACAGAAAUUUCAGAUAUUUUAAAUUGCCAUUUGCUGUAGGUCACCCCUAUUAUCCAUUUUCUGAAGAAUAUUGACCAUCAACUACCCAUCACGUGUGGAGAGGAUUUCUGCAUUUGGGGGAGGUGAUUAAAAGCAGUUCUGUAGUUUCACGCUGCUUCCUUGUUUUAUUUUUAAAAAUCUUUUUAUUUUGUGAAAUAAUAAAGACUUCCAAAUGAA